UAGAUACUUUACACACAUCAGUGGCGGGAGAUGCCGUACAGAGGAAGGUACGGACAUAUCCUUGUUUUGUUUCUUAAACUUGUGCAAAAAUAAAGAAGCAUAGCAAUAAGAGCUCUGACAUUAAACGUCUUUGCUGGACGACAGAACAAAGAUGGAAGACUUCGGAAUAUAUGCGGUUUUCGGAGUAAACGGUCCCCCUCAGAGGCUGUUGAGCCCUGAAGGGUCGUGCAGGGUGUGUGUUGGAGUUCCACCAAGUGUCCGCCAGGUGGUGCUGUUCAGCAGCGGGCCGUGGGGGCAGCGUGUCUGCGUCAACGCCGAGCUCAACGACGCUCACCGCUUCCCCAUCACUAUCGGGAAACUGACCCCGUAUAACAAGUGUCUGUCAUGGGAGCAGUGGGAGGAGGAGACCUGGACGGACAGUGUUACAUUGGAUGUCACUCUGGAAGGAGGAAACCUGGUAAAAGCAGAUUGGUCCAAGCCAGAGAUCAUGUCUGUGAAGGAAUACACACCAAAGGGCAUCGUGGCUCCCCUCGCAGCCCGGGAGAUCAAGGGCAAGAAGAGAGACAGAGAGUCAGAGGAAGACUGUGAUGAAAAUAAGACGACCGCGACAGGGGAGCUGGAGAACAUUUGUCCCAAUGGCGGCGUGGAGAAGACCACUCCUUUGAGAAAGGCCAGAGGUCAAUCUAAAAGGGCCCAGAAGCUGUUCAGCAGUGGAGCAGAUGCAACAAAGAUUAAGGGAACAGCUAAUGGAGCAGGAGAGGCGCAGGGGAUUGUGGGUAGAACGCAGAGUGCAGCCAGGACGAAGAGUAGGCAGGCCAAGACUCCCACACAACCCUCCCCAUUGGUCAGCCCGUCAGGCCGCUGGGGUCAGACUCUGUGUCCUAUAGACGCUCAGACAGCGAUUCUGAUUGGAGGACAGGGAGCCAGGAUGCAGUUCUGCAAGGACCCCAUGUGGAAGCUCUGCACAGAGGACAUGUCCUGGGUGGCAGCGGAGACUCUGGCAGAGGGUCCCACCCCCGAGACCAGGAUCGGCCACACCGCCGUCUACGACCCGGACUCCAGGCGGAUCUUUGUUUUCGGAGGCUCCAAGAACAAGAAAUGGUUCAACGACGUCCACAUCCUGGACACACGGAGCUGGAAGUGGACCAUGGUGGAGGCUCAGGGGAAGGUUCCUCCUCUGGCCUACCACAGCUGCAGCAUGUUUCGGGGCGAGCUGUUUGUGCUCGGCGGAGUUUUCCCGUGUCCGAACCCAGAGCCUGACGGUUGCAGCGACUCGCUCUACAUCUUCGAUCCCAACCUCUCCAUCUGGUAUCAGCCUAUUGUGACCGGUAACAAGCCCUCCCCCCGCUCAGGCCAUUCUGCAUGUGUGAUGCAGCAGAUGAAGAUCUAUGUGUUUGGAGGAUGGGACACCCCUGUCUGCUACAAUGACAUGUACAUGCUGGACCUCGGUCUGAUGGAGUUCUCUGCUGUGAAAACAUCUGGGAAAGCCCCCUCUCCACGAAGCUGGCAUGGCAGUGCAGUGCUCUCGGACACAAAGUUCCUGAUCCACGGAGGCUACAACGGGAACAACGCUCUCACUGACGCCUUUGUCUUCGAUAUCGACACCAACAGCUGGACGAAGGUGACGCUCCCUCAGCUGUCCCUCCCCAGGGCGGGACACUCCAUCGUCACCAUGGAGACAGACGCUCUCUUCAAGGAGGAUGGAGACGUGGAUAUGGACGCGGGCUCCAUCGGCAGAAACCUGCUGGUGUUCGGAGGCGGAGACAACGAGAGAAACUUCUACUCCGACCUGACGACGGUCGCCGUGGAGGAUCUGCUCGCUGCUGUUUGAAGAGCGUGAGUCAGAGGUGAUCCUCACUCCCUGACUGCAGCUAUUUGUACACCUCCACACAUCCUUUAUUAUUUAUAUUCCUUCAGAGUGUCUUAAUUUCCUUUGGUUGUGUGAGCCCUCUUCUUCCCGUUAUGUUUUUAACGGGUUUUUAAAAUGUUGGGAUUGAAUAUGGUACAGUUUGGACAUUUGUAGAAUUCAGAUGUAGCAAUCACAUUUUAAAAUACUCCUAAACAAACAUCAAAGAAAAGUUAUCUCUCAGUCUCUGUUGAUUCAAAAAUAAUAACAACAAUGAUCUCUGUUUGAAACUGUUCAGAUGAUUCUAUUUUUGUAUGUACAUAGUUUAAAGUUUUUUUCCUCAGGUAAAAUGUAUAUUUUGUAUUUCUGAUACAUUCAACUUUAUUGUUUUUUCUUUACAAAUGAAUAACAGGGACUAUAUAUUUGGAUUUUGAAUUUGUUAAACUCAAAAUCACAGUAUUGUCAUUUCCAAAAUCUCAUGUUGCAGCUAUUAUUCUGUAAAAUACUUAAUAAACAUUUCAUUUUCUUAACUCUA